AUGCCUUCUCCUCCAUUUUAUCCCGUUCAACUACAACAACAACAACAACCAUUGCCACCAUCGAUUGAUCGUUCUCAUGUAGAUCAAUCUUUGUUAUAUCGUUCGACGCCUAUUCAUCAUACAUUCGACUGGUUUCCACCUUCUUCAUCAAAUCAUAACCAAAAUCAAAAUAAUAACAAUAAUGAAAUUGUUCGUAGUUUGUCGGUUGAUGCCUCAACUCUAAUCAGACAAAAUCAUUCUCAAUCUCAAUUACAAUCUUCAUCAUCCGUAUUGAGUUUAGGUAAGUUCAAAUGGAAAGUAGGAAAACGUUUCAAGAAUUUCACUUGAAAAAAACGAUAGUUUUUACCGUAUUUUAUGUCGAAAUAUUCAAUGUUUGAUUUAACUGAUCUAAAUCUGAUGCAUUGAAUAUAAUUCACUGGCUUAAUAACUGUUAUAUCUAAAACGAACUGUCAAAUCGUUUUUUUCAAUGAAACCUAGUCGAUUAUAGAUUAUCGGCUAUUUUGACUAUGACCAUAGCAGUUGCUUAUAGGUCUUCAGUGAUCCCCAGUUUUGGAAACCAGUUUUUCAGAAACUCUAAAAAGUAACCAAAACCUUUCUUAAUGAGGUAUGAUUGUAGCCCGCAC